ACGUAGGUACCUACUAGAUAUUUACACUUAUUCUCAAUGUUUUCUUUAGUUGGUUAAUUUACUGCGAACUGUACAGUUAAUAUAUUUUUUUAAUUUAUUAUAUAUUUUGCUUUGUGAAUUAAAUAUAUUUAUGCAAUAUGAUUUAUAAAAGUAACAAACUUUUGUAUGUAUUAAUCUUAAUUUACAUACACAUUUUUAACGUUUGUCCAAGCACAAUUUCAUUUCAUCAUCACAGAAUUGAUGUUUAUGAGGAUUAUGACAUUACGACGAUUUAUAAAAUCACGAACAACAACAGCGAUAACGAUAAUCAAAGAUUUCCAAUUGAAAUAUAUUUAAGAACAAAUGCUAUUGGAAUGCCAUUACAACUCUAUAAUGGUUUUCAUACUAUGUCAACAAAUACAAUAGAAAUCGUUAAUUUUAAAACAUUUCAGAAUAAUAGUAAAAUGAGUAUUUCGUAUAAUUCAAAUUCUUGGGAAGAAAAAUCUAUUAAUAUUAAUGGAUACUAUUAUGAGCAUUGUAACUUGAACAAUAACUACAGGAACCACCAUCAUACUACUGAAAAACAAUUAUAUAAUUAUUGCCAUAAAGUUUUUGAAUAUUUAUUCAAAGAUAGUGAUUGCCUAUCAUAUAAUACGUUUUAUGAUUCUACUAGAGGCCAAACAGUAGUAAUGAAAGAAGACUGUACAAUUUUUACAUUUUAUUGGACACCCGAUAAAAACCAAACAUGUUUAACUAUGACAUAUUAUAUUUAUCAGAGAAUUGAUGACGAGAAAUUUGUUAUCACGUUGAAUAUGUACGAUAAAAAUAAUAUGGUUAUAUCUUCAACCAAAUUGAAAAAAUAUAACGGUAUAAGCACAUUGAAAAUUACAAACAUUGAUUUUAAGAACAACGAGAGAUAUAAGUUUUCAUUACACAUUGAUUUUUGGAAAUUUAUUCAUUCUAGUUCAGAUGAUAGAUAUAAUUUCCGAUUUGGAUUCAUAAGAAUUGCCCAAUGUUCAAAUUAUGAUGAAGAAGAUGUUCGAAUUAUUACUGUGGAUAGUUCUUUUAGUAAAAAUCCAAUAUCAUUCAAUAUUCUUGAAAAUGGUGUAGUGAAACGUUCCGAUGAGUUCUUAAAUCCAUGUUUAAAUGGUGGAUAUUUUACGAAAUUGUCAAAAUGUGUUUGUCCUCCUGGUUUUAAAGGACAAUUUUGUGAAACAGGGUGUGGGUUAAACUCUUACGGAUCUGACUGUAAGGGAGUUUGUUCAAUGCGAGCUGAUAAAAUGUGUCGUGGAAUGUUAAUGUGUACAAGUUAUGGGUGCACAUGUCCAACAGGACUAACCGGUCCACAGUGUAAUGAAGACUGUACAUUAGGUACAUAUGGAGCUGAUUGUAAACAAACGUGCUCCAGUAAUUGUCUUGAUAAUACAUGUGAUCAAUAUACAGGUGUCUGCUUACAUGGAUGCUCAGCAGGAUACUUACUACCAUAUUGCCGUGAAAAAUAUCCAUACUUCAUUAACCCACCUACAUUGCUUUCGGCCACAUACGAUAGAAUUGAAAUAGAAUUGAAUUUUCAAGAAAAUAAUAUAAAAUAUUUAGAUAAAAUUAUGAAUCUAAAAUAUUAUCAACUAUUUUAUAAGUCAUUAAUAGAAGAUACGUUAAGAAGUUUUGAAAUUAAACCAAUUAGCAAUACCAACAAUACUACAACGGAAAUUAUUAGUGACUUAGAAUCGGAUACUUUUUAUAAGGUUGGAGUAUUGUUAAUUGCAGGCGAUGGAAAUUUUAAUGAUCAAGAUGUAGUAUAUGGUCAAUAUAAAACUACGUGUAUACAACCUCAAAUUACUGAUUAUAACAUAAAAUUAAUUAGUGGAAUACAAAGCAUAAACAUAACAUGGAAUAUAAUUAAUUUAAGUCGACUAGAAUGCAAAAUUACAAAAUACGUUUUGACGUUAACGUCGAGUCGAUCACAAAAUCAAAUAACUGAUGUACAAGAAAUACUAUCGAGUACAGAAAGUGGUCACUUUUUAGAUAAUCUUCUUCCAGGUUUUCAGUAUAACAUAAAAUUAACUCCAUCAACAAUUAAUGGAACAUUACCAUCCUCGCCUAUGUAUUCAUUCACUACUCUUAUGUCAAAAAAUGAUGUUCAAAUAAAAAAUAUUUCCACCAAACAUGAAAAUGGAAAAAUUAAAAUAUCCUGGAUUUUGGUAAAUUCCCGUCAACAUUAUACCACAGUUUAUGAGCCAGUAACAUCAAUCAUCAGAUAUAAACUCAAACGAAUUCUCAGCUGUUCCACAAGAGAAAUAGAACAAAAUUGGACGUCAAUAACAAUUUACAAUCAGACCAACUAUGAAAUAUUUAAUACAGUGCCUAAUUCUCAAUAUAGUAUACAAGUUUUGGUUGAUGUUAAUGACAAAAAUACUACUCAAGAAAAUAUGAUUGACGUAUUAACACCAGCAUCAAGCCCAAAAACCGAACCUUUCUUAGAUCCCGAGCAUCCAAUUUAUAUUACUAAUAACUCUAUAUUUGUUCAAUGGAAAGUUGAUUCAAAAAAUUGCUCCAAGCUUAAUGGAUUGUUAUCACAAUUUUAUAUAGAAUUAAAGGAUACGGUUGAUGACAUUUUACAAGUAAGAGAAACGAAAAAUACUUACAUUUCCUUUAAUGAUCUAAAGUCAAACACAACUUAUGAACUGAAAGUGUUUAUAAAAACACAUAUUAGUUAUAAUCCUGAACAUUUUCUACUCGUCAACUUUACGACUAAAUUUGAAAAUUUAAAAUCAAUUGAAGAUUUAGUAGUUUAUAAAAAGAGUUUAAAGAACCGUAUGGUAGGAUUUCGCUGGAGCUAUUCACAAGAUACAAAUUUAAACGGAUUUAUAGUUUCGUUUAAUGAGAGUAAUUUUAUCAUACCACCACAAACAUGCUCAGCGUGGCCAGAAUACUAUUGUCAUACAUUCUAUAAUUUGAGCCCCAGCAGUAGCUACACAUUUAAAAUAAAACCAAAAUCAAUAGAUUAUCCAGAAGGUGGUAAGGUCUCGUCAAUUUAUUUUAACAGUGUUGAUGGACUACCUGAUUCUCCAAUGAAUAUAAAAACGACCGAAAUUGGUAACACUUCUAUAUCUAUCCAGUGGGAUAUUCCAUGGAUAUUCAACGGUGAAUUGAAAAUGUUUAUUAUAAACGUCGAAGAAAUUGCAUCCGUAGAUAUGGAGACGUGUUGUAUUAGCAUUGCACCAACAGAAAUUUUAGUUUAUGAAGAACUACCUACAUAUAACCAUACGAUAACUGGCCUGCAACCAGGAUCAACAUAUUCAAUUGGAGUUUUAACUGUAUCCAAAUCAUCAUGGUACAGUUCACCGUCUAGACUACCAGUUACAACUAUUGAAGAAAUGUAACAAUUAGUAUAAAUAUUAAUAUUAUUGUUUCUAAUCAUUUUUAUAUUCUCUAUUAUACAAUAAGAAUUUACAAUAUUUAUAUGUUUUUGAAAUAUAUUAAACAUAAUAUUAUAAAACUAUAAUAAUGUAGUAAGUAUAGUGCUCACAUAUAAUUUUGUUAUCAAGUACAUAAUCUAAACAUUAAUAAAAUAUAGGUACUUUGUUAUUAUUUAAUUUUACAAGUACUAACUAAGUACCAACAAAUAAUUGUUUAA